AUGCCACGCAUCGCCUUGCCGCCGCCGCUCACUCGCGGGCUGCUGCUCGUGCUGGUGUCACUCUCCGCCCUCAACGCGGUGUUGCGGACGAAUAACUGGCGCAACAGUACAGCCUCCACCGCACCGACUACCGCCGAUUACCUGUCCAGCCCGAGGUGGGCUAUUCCAUACCUCGUUCUCAUCCCAACGAAAAGCAUACGAUAUCCGUGGACAGCGCUUACAGGAGCUGUGGUGGAGAAUAACAUUGUUUCCAUUUGCAUCAGUGCAGUGGUUGUAUUCUAUGGAGGACGAUAUCUGGAGCGUGCAUUGGGGACCAAAGAGUUUGGCAAGUUUGUAAUAUUCGUCACGCUUCUGCCGUCUGUAAUGACCUUCCUCAUAUACGCCUUAUGGCAUGCGCUCACGCCUCCUCCCGAGUUCCCGACACCGAUCAAUGGUCUUGUAGCAUUGGAGGCUGGCUUUCUUGUUUGCCUCAAGCAGUUGGUGCCUGAACAUACGGUCUCUCUCUUCAAAGGUCUGAUUCGGAUGAGAAUCAAGCACUUUCCUGCGGCUUUCGUCAUCGCAAACAUGCUCUCCGGACCUCUUUUGGGAACAGACACAGCUCUGUGGUUGAGCUUGUUUGGCUUCACUACUUCCUGGGUAUACCUGCGAUUUUUCAGGAUAUCCGAGAUAUCAAGCGCUGCUACUGGAGGCGAGGCAACGAUCAUGAAGGGCGAUGCGAGUGAUACAUUCGCAUUUGUCGCUUUCUUUCCCGAUGCAGUCCAUCCGCUCCUCGCACCAAUCUGCGAUGCAAUCUACAACACUCUCGUCGAGCUCCGUCUAUGCACGCCCUUUUCAGAGGAAAACAUCAACGCUGGGAAUGAGAACGCAGCUUCUCGCUCGGAAGCUGGUCUGCCGAACAUCAUGAAUGGUAGAGGCGGUGGAGGUGGACGGCGCGCCGAUGCUGAGAGGAGAAGAGCGCUCGCGUUGAAAGCCUUGGAUCAGAGGUUGAAUGCUACAGCUCCCAGUCGGGGUGUCAAUCCGCCAAUUACGAACGUCCAGGCGACUCUGAAUACAGAUCCGCCGAGUGGCUCGAAAGUCAAGGAGGAUGCUGCAGAGGAGACCGUAUCAGCAACGUAA